ACUGACAUCAUGACAACCAUAAGGCAGAGAAGGUUUGGAAAAGGCACAGAAGUGGCUGAAGAUCAGCCUUCAGAGAAGAAUGUGAAGCCUGAUGGGAAAAUUCUGUCUGAUCACACAGGUAGAAAGCUGUGGAACAUACUAUCAAUAACUGUUGGUGGAAUUGCUGCCGUCUCUCUUGGACUUCUCACAUCUGUUUAUGUUGCUACACUGCAUGAAAAUGACCUGUGGUUUUCCAAUAUUAAGGAAGUUGAAAGAGAAAUUUCGUUCAGAACAGAAUGUGGACUUUAUUAUUCCUACUACAAACAGAUGAUUCAGGCUGCAUCCAUACAGCAAGGUUUACAUGAUUUAGUAUAUGACAAUAAAACUGAAUCUGUGAGGACAAUUAACAUACUUGAAAGAAUGAAUGUUUACCAGGAGGUGUUUCUCAGCAUUCUGUAUAGGAUUCUUCCAAUUCAGCAAUACCUAGAGCCCGUUUAUUUUUAUAUCUACACUUUGUUUGGACUUCAGGCAGUUUAUGUCAUUGCUCUGUAUGUAACAAGCUGGCUUCUUAGUGGAACAUGGCUUUCAGGGUUGUUGGCAGCUUGCUGGUAUAUUACAAAUAGAAUAGAUACUACAAGAGUAGAAUUCACCAUCCCUUUAAGAGAGAACUGGGCACUACCAUUCUUUGCCGUUCAGAUAGCAGCCAUCACAUACCUACUCAGAGCUCAUUUACAGCCUGUUCAAGAAAAAUUGACACUUGUGGUUGUGUUCAUGGCAACGUUUCUCUUUAGCCUGACUUGGCAAUUUAAUCAGUUUAUGAUGCUGAUACAAGCAUUGGCAUUAUUCAUACUGGACUGUUUUGAUAUGCUUCCCACAGCAAAGGUUACAUGGCUCUAUAUCAUCCAGAUUUCUGGAUUACUGCUAGUCUGUGUCCUACAGUUCUUUAAUUCUAUGAUUCUUGGAUCAUUACUUAUAAGUUUUAAUACUUCUGUCUUGAUAGCAAGAGCAAUCCAGAAAAAUCUGAAAAGGGGCAGCUUGCUCAAUAGGCUUGGGAAGCUUAUCCUCCAUGUGCUGUUAGUCUUGUGCUUGACUCUUACAAUAAAUAAAUUCAUCAAGAAAAUUCUUAAUCUUGAGUCAGAUGAACAUAUAUUCAAAUUCCUGAAAGCAAAAUUUGGAUUUGGGGCAACAAGAGAUUUUGAUGCCAAUUUAUAUCUUUGUGAAGAAGCUUUUGGUUUACUACCAUUAAAUACUUUUUCAAGACUCUCGGAUACGUUACUUUUUUAUGCCUACAUAUUUGUUCUGUUCCUUAUGACAAUAGCAGCUGUAAUUGUUGCCUUUCAGAAUCUCAGUGGUUCAAAUCAAGUUGAUUUUAUGGAAAAAAUGGAAGAAUGCACAAUAAUACUGAAGCCUGAUGCUGCGUACAACUUAAUUCACACAGUUCUCUUUGGAUGCCUGGCAUUAAGCACAAUGAGAAUGAAGUACCUCUGGACAUCUCACAUGUGUGUAUUUGCAUCUUUUGGCCUGUGCAGUACAGAAGUAUGGAGACCUAUCCUGAGGUGUAUUCAUCUCUACACGUCACAGAGGAUGCAUGUGAUUAAGUAUUCUGUACCCAUAAUUACAUUGCUUUACAUUUCAUUUAAGUUCUGGCCAGGAAUAAUGGAAGAAUUGUCAGAGCUGAGAGAAUUCUAUGACCCAGACACUGUGGAGCUGAUGAACUGGAUUAAGUCAAACACUCCAAACACAGCAGUGUUUGCUGGGAGCAUGCAGCUAUUAGCAGGAGUCAAACUGUGCACUGGAAGGACCUUAACUAAUCAUCCCCAUUAUGAGGAUAAGAAUCUAAGAGAGAGAACAAAACAGAUUUAUCAGAUCUAUGCCAAGAGGUCUCCUGACGAUGUUUACAGAAUACUGCGAUCCUUUGGCACAGACUAUGUGAUCCUAGAAGACAGCAUUUGUUAUGAGAGAAGGCACAGUAGAGGCUGUCGGCUACGUGACUUACUAGAUGUAGCUAAUGGCCAUAUCAUGGAUGGUUUGGGAGAGAAUGAACCUGAUCUGAAACCUUCAUUGUAUCCUCGCUUCUGUGAGGAAAUAAAAAAAAAUCUGCCUUCUUAUACCACACACUUCACUAGAGUGUUUCAAAACAAAACAUUCCAUGUUUACAAACUUGCAGCAUUUGUAAGACAUUUUACGUAG